AGUACAAAGUAUUGAUGUCGUGUCUCUUAUGUGUCAAAAGCAAAAUUGAACUAAAAGCUAUCUAUCUAUCUCCAAAUCCAAAACUAAAUAAUUAAAUUUAGGUUCUCAGAUAACAAUUCCAACUAAGCAAGAAAUACCACUUCCAGCUUUUUCUUUUCAAUUGAGCACUAAGCUGAUGAGCUACCAUAAAUAGCUUCUUCCUCUUCUUAUCUAACACAUUCUCUCUUCUCUUACACCUUUAGCAUUUCACCAAGUUCAUCAACCAUAAACAAGAGGUGUUUCUCUGUGGACUUUUACACACACAAUAAUAAUAAUAAUAAUAAUAAGUAGCAAAAAAUUUAAGUGAAAUUGUAUUAAAUUUGAAUGGUGACUUUGGCUUUAGUGGUUCUUUUGGAGCUUUCUUUAUAAAUAGGGUGCCAUUUUUGGGUUCCUCAGUUCAUUUCACAGACAGCAAACUCCUGUCUACUCUCCUCCGAGUAACUGAAGAAAAAGUCCCAGUAUAUCAAAAGAGUUUGUAUCAGUAAAAAUGGUGACAAGAAGAGUGGACCUCCGGUCUGACACAGUGACCAAACCAACCGAAACAAUGAGAGCUGCCAUGGCUGCGGCUGAAGUGGACGACGACGUUUUGGGAAAUGACCCAACUGCGUUUCGAUUAGAAUCAGAAAUGGCAAAGAUAAUGGAGAAAGAAGCUGCACUUUUUGUCCCAUCAGGGACUAUGGGAAACCUCAUUAGUGUUCUUGUUCAUUGUGACAUAAGGGGAAGUGAAGUCAUUCUUGGACACAAUUCCCAUAUUCAUAUUUAUGAGAAUGGUGGCAUUUCAACCAUUGGAGGUGUUCAUCCAAGAACAGUCAAGAACAAUGCUGAUGGAACUAUGGAUAUUGAUUCAAUCGAGGCCUCCAUUAGAGACCCCAAAGGAGAGCUUGUCUACCCAACUACAAGACUUAUCUGCUUGGAAAAUACACAUGGAAACACUGGUGGUAGAGUGCUCUCUGUAGAAUAUACAGACAGAGUGGGGGAGGUAGCUAAGAAGUAUGGUUUGAAGCUUCAUAUCGAUGGAGCCCGAAUUUUCAAUGCAGCAGUUGCACUUGGUGUUCCUGUUAGCAGGCUUGUGCAAGCAGCUGAUUCUGUUUCGGUAUGUCUAUCAAAAGGUCUAGGAGCUCCAGUUGGGACAAUCAUUGUUGGUUCCCAGAGCUUUAUCAACAAGGCUAGAAGGUUGAGAAAAACUCUAGGUGGAGGAAUGAGACAGGUUGGCGUUCUUUGUGCCGCUGCUUUGGUUGCUAUCCAAGAGAAUGUUGCGAAACUCGAGUCAGAUCACAAGAAAGCCAAGUUUUUGGCAGAUGGGUUAAAUAAGGUGGAAGGACUAGAGGUGGAUGUUGACUCAGUAGAAACUAACAUGAUUUUCAUCGACAUACUCGAACACUCCAAGUUGAAUGCAGAAAAGCUUCGGAAGAAGCUAGAAGAGCAUGGCAUAUUUGUGAUGCAAGAAAGCUCAUCGAGAAUAAGAAUUGUUAUGCACCACCAAAUUUCAUUCAAGGAUGCCCAAUUCACCUUGUCAUGCUUUCAGCAAGCUCUGGGUGGAGUACAUGAAGAAAAUGGCAACUAGUUGGAGAACCAAACAAAUAAAAUGAUAAAAAGUGCCUACCUCUUUUCCCAUGAGGAGGAUUUUGAUCUUCUUCAUUUGAAAUAUCAUAUAUGCUUAAAUUUGGAAUUUAAUCUUGUCAAACUCUUGACAUUGAUUAAUAUGUUAUUAAUUAAAAUAAAUGCUUAGACUUGUUUGAACCACAAGUUUACUGAAGCGGAUGAUUCAUAUUUCAUAAUAAAUAAAUGUUUGGGAAUUUCUAUUA